UAAAGAUUCAGCAAGACCUAGCAAAUCGUGGAUUCACUCGGAAACUAAAGUAUCAGAAAAAUGAAUCGUAUAAUUUUGUCAGCUUUCCUUGCUAUGCUGAUUGUGGCAUGCGUUGAGGGUCAGCAGCAGGAAGGAGAAGAAUGUGGUACUAUGUAUAGAAGAAGAUGCAGAGCAAACCAGUAUUGCUAUAGGCCCAAUUUUAUGCCUUUGGAUAUCAGUUACUGUCUGACAUACAGAGGAAGAGGUAUGCCCUGCGAUGAAAUGUUUCGUUGUCAACCUGGACUAGAAUGCACAGAAAGAAGUGGUGGUUGGUUUCCAAUGCGAAGAUGCCAGGAACCCGCUAGCACAACUACGUCUACAUCAAUGCCAGAGACUGUUGCCACCAGUUCCACCGCGCAAUGAAAUUUUGUAUUCCGAAAAAGAAAUAAUUUUAUUUAUGUUUGAAAAGAUUGUGAACAUGAAAUUUGUUUUAAAUUGUUAUAAGUGAAAAUAAAAAAAAUUUUUAUGGCUCUGAA